AAACCAAUUUUUCUACUCAACCGAGCUGCAACCAGUUAUGGAGAUGGCGACAAUGGCUUCCCAUUUCUUCCCCACCGCACGCAUAUUAUCAAAAGCCAACUCAAGAAGCAAUCCUACUUUAACCGCUUCUUUAUCGUCAUCAUCAUCCCCGUCUUCUUAUUCCUCUAUUACAACUUCCUUAUCCACCAAUUUUAUCUGUCCGUACGUCGCCAGCAGUGUUUCCAGCGACUUCUCCGGUCAUAAGAUUCGACCUGCAUCUCUCAACCCGUCUUCAAGCUCUCAUGGAAAACGAGUCGGUGUUACUAUGGUUAUUCCUUUCUCAAGAGGAAGUGCCUGGGAGCAACCACCUCCAGAUUUGGCAUCUUACUUGUACAAGAAUCGAAUUGUGUAUUUGGGUAUGUCUCUAGUCCCCUCUGUCACCGAACUAAUACUGGCAGAAUUUCUUUACCUACAGUACGAGGAUGACAAAAAGCCAAUAUAUCUUUACAUAAACUCUACAGGAACUACCAAGGGUGGUGAAAAGUUGGGCUAUGAAACAGAGGCAUUUGCAAUUUACGACGUCAUGAGGUAUGUGAAGCCACCAAUCUUUACGCUAUGUGUUGGCAAUGCAUGGGGAGAAGCGGCCUUGCUGUUGGCUGCUGGGGCAAAGGGAAAUCGUUCAGCCCUGCCCUCGUCAACCAUCAUGAUAAAGCAGCCAAUCGCUAGAUUUCAAGGUCAAGCUACGGAUGUUGAGAUUAUGAGAAAAGAAAUAAAGAACGUGAAGACUGAAUUGGUGAAACUGUAUGCGAAGCACAUAGGGAAGACAACAGAGGAGAUUGAAGAAGAUAUAAGGCGUCCAAAAUACUUUAGUCCUAGUGAGGCUGUUGAAUACGGAAUCAUUGAUAAGGUUAUUUACAACGAGAGGGGGAGUGAAGAUAGAGGAGUCCUUUCUGACCUGAGGAAAUCGCAGCUAAUAUAACCAUGUUGAUCAGCACUAGAGGCAAUUCACAACCGCGUUAGGGGCUGUUUGUUUUUUCGUGUCUGUAUGGAUUAAGUGUCUGAAUUGAAUCAUCAGCAGCCUGUUAGUCAGCUUUGCUGUUGUAGUUGUUGAUGGCAGUGGUUGUGGUUGUGGUUGUAUUGGCAAUCAAGAAACUGAGCUGAGACCACGAUGUGCCCAGAUGGAUUGGUUAAAGGGAGCAUGACUAGUGUAAAAGGCAAAGGCAGUCAAAGUAUGGUUCAUUUCUGAAUCCAAUAUCGUUUUG